ACCACAGCGUUGGCUGGAAACGCUGCCCCUCCUCUCGGCACACAACACCAAGGCACUUUGUCACCCCGCUGCCUGCAGCCCCUGCCAGGAAGCACGAUGUUCGUCACGGUGAGAUACGGAGCCAACUGCCAGGAGCUGGUGAACCUGCAGAGCCGCGUGCUGGCCCUCACCGCCCACCUGAGGAGGAAGUGUCAGUGCAGGACAGGAGAGUGCAUCGACCUCGUGGAUGAAGCAGGAACCCUGAUGAACCUGAGCAAAGUGGAGAAUCCUGCAGCUGAGUAUGCCAGUAAAUACCUACGGGAAAGGCAGCGCUACAUCCUCGUCAGGGUCAUCAGAGAACAAAGCACUGAAGCUACCUGCUAUGAAUCCUUACUGGAGAACCUGGGGAAACACCACCCUGACCUCGCAGAUCGGCUGCAGAAGCUCUCGGCAAACACCCCGAUGAGAGAGCAGUGGAGGAAAGGCUCCUUGCAGAGGAGGGCUCAGCCCAAGAAGAGCUCAGAGCCGAAGAGCACCCCCAGAUGAGGAAAGGGCCUGAUGGGAACAAGCACAAGUGCAGUGACCACCGCCAGGACUCACCAUGGUGCUGCCCAAGCCCCCAGCCCCACCAGGACCCCCACUCUCCUCAGAUGUUCUGCAACUAAAGCUGCACUGGCAGCAGACAGCACCCUGGCCAGGCACAAGCAGCUGCCUCCUGCUUCAAGGUGUCAUUCACAUUCCCACACCACCACCUGCACUGAGCAGCAAGGAACCACACCUCCUGCCUCAGCUCUCUGGGUAAGCCUGCCCUGAACAGCACCACACCAGCAGGGGCCUCCUAGAGGCUCACAGAAGUCCACAGAAAAAGUCACUGAAGGGACAGCCAGGGUGUCAGCCGCAGAACCAUUGCUGGAACUUGCCAGAAUGGGUCAGAAGACAGCACACACUCGCUGCAGGUAUGCUUGAUAACCUUCCCUAAUAGCCUAUCCAUGCAGACCAAGAAAUGUUUAAUUUGGUGUAUGCUGAAGGCAGCAAGGUGAGACUUCCUUACAGUGGUUCCUCCCUGCUCACAGUGGAGCAGCUCAGCACACAACAGCGCUUGGCCAUGAGUCUCUGGCACCUUUCUAACUUGGCCACCGCUCAGGAGAGCACAAGGCACCCCAGCUAGGCACAGGCACAGCUCAGAACACCAAAAUUCCAUCAAACAUUUAGGUUCUGACAUUUGAAAGGGACAGGACCUUCAAGAGCCCCCUAUGAUCUGCUGCAAAGCAGGGUCUCCUGAGAAGAGCCUGCAGGCAGCCGUAACGAGGCUGAUCUGCCAUAAUGGCAGAAAUAGAAAGCAGCCCUGAGCUUCACCUUCAGCUGGUGACCUUGGGAACAUUGCAUAACUCCCUAAGGAAGAUCAGCUGGCUGUAUCCGAGUCAUGCAGACAGACAGGUCACGCUUUCCUAGCUCCUGGGUCAGAACAGGAAGAGAUUAUCAAUGCAAGAAGAAUGUUACUGAAAAUACUGUCGGAUAUCUCAGAUUACCUCUCUCCAGCCCCUGCUCUGGCUGGAGUGCUGACACUCCGGUCUCAGCUCAGUUGUGGAUCUGCUUUUGCCAAGCCACGCAGGCACAGUUCUUGCUGCUGGGCUGCACCUCCUGCUUGCAGAAAUACACAAAGAUAUGCCUGGCCCUGAAAGGGGAUCAUAUGGGUAAUAUUUGCGUAGCUUAAUUCACGCUCAAGUAUUAAAUAAAGGAAAAGCACAGGUGAUAGUUCCAAAUAAGCUUCUUUAUUUCUCUGUAGUAAAUACAGCACUAUCUGAACUCCAGAAUCAUAAAUCCAACCGUUCCUUUACUUCCCUACUACUCCAGAAGUAAGUUACCCCAGAAGGCUCCGAUCUGGUCAGCCUGUUCCCUCCAGCACAUCACCUGUCCAUCCUU